AUGAGCCAACCCGAUCCAGCUGCCUUCCGCAUCCACGACACGCGCUUCCUCUCCAUCCUCGGCACUACGCCUACCCUCGAGCUCCUCUACGAGAACACAUCCUACCCAUUUGCCCACGAAGCAGGGAUCUACCUCCGCAGCACCAACACAGUCAUCGUAACCAGCGCUCGCCUGACGGAAGACAUCACCACCGACGCAAACCCUACCCAAACACAACCCCAGAUCCAGAAGCAAAGCGUCCGCAUAACCCGCAUCAACCUCCCCACCACCCCCGUAUCAUGCUCCGAGAUCCCAACCACCAUCCCCAUGGCCAAUGGUGGUGUAAACGCCUCCCUUGACGACGACAACACGGUCCUAAUCUGCGGUCAAGGGUCCCUUGACGCACCAAGCGGUAUCUACAGUCUCUCGUUGACGGAACUGUACGAAGCUAGACUCUUAGUGGGCUCGUUCUAUGGCCGUCCGUUCAACUCGGUGAAUGAUGUCGUCGUGCAUAGUGAUGGGUCGGUGUGGUUCACGGAUCCGACGUAUGGGUUUGAGCAGGGGUAUCGUGGGAAACCGAGAUUGCCGAGUCAGGUUUAUAGAUGGUGUCCUCCAUCAUCCUCAUCCUCCCCCUCUGGCUCCUCUGUGGCGGGGGAGGUGGCAGUGGGGCUGAGAGAUAGGAGGAUAGAACUUGGUAAGGAGGAGAAGGAGGGAAGUAUUCGCGCAAUGGCCGAUGGAUUCGGCAAGCCGAACGGGAUCUGUUUCUCGCCGGAUGAGAAAACGUUAUAUGUCACGGAUACGGACUGGUUGGGGGGCGAUGGGAGCGUGGAUGAUGCGAGGGUGUCGUCGAUCUACGCAUUCGACAUAAUCCACCGCCACAACUCCCCCUUCCUCACGAACCGCCGCCUCUUCGCAAUGACCGACAGCGGCAUCCCCGAUGGUAUUAAAUGUGAUCUCGAAGGGAAUGUGUACAGCGGGUGCGGCGACGGGAUUCAUGUCUGGUCGCCGGGCGGCGUGCUGCUUGGACGGAUCCUGAUAGACGGAGGUGUUGCGAAUUUCUGCUUUGGGAGAGAAGGUGAGAUAUUUGCGUUGAACGAGCAUCGGUUUUGGAGGGUCAUCUGA